CUCAGCCAAUCAGCAUCCAGCAUCCAGAUCCGUCCUCUGAGCAGCUUUGAGGACGUGACAGCGGCCGUGUCAGAGAUCAGAGAUAAACUACAGGACGUCCUGAGAGAGAAGAGGACAACCGUCUCACUGACAGGGACUGAAGUGGACAUUUUACUGCCUCAACCAGAGCCCAAGACCAGAGGUGGAUUCUUACAAUAUUCACGUGGAAUCACACUGGAUCCAAACACAGCAAACACACAGCUGUUAUUAUCUGAGGGGAACAGGAAAGCAACGUUAAAGAAACAACAUCAGUCCUAUUGUAGUCACCCAGACAGAUUUACUUGGUGGCCUCAGGUCCUGAGUAGAGAGAGUCUGACUGGACGUUGUUACUGGGAGGUGGAGAGGAGAGGGAGAGGAAUUUCUGUAGCAGUCGCAUACAAGAACAUCAGGAGAGAGGGGAAGUCGGAUGAAUGUGGAUUCGGACUAAAUGACAAAUCUUGGGUGCUAGAGUGUUACAAGAACAGUUAUAAAUUUUUUUACAACAAAGUCCAAACUCCCAUCAAAGGUCCUGGGUCCGCCAGAGUAGGAGUGUACCUGGAUCACAGUGCAGGUAUUCUGUCCUUCUACAGAGUCUCUGAAACCAUGACUCUCCUCCACAGAGUCCAGACCACGUUCACUCAGCCCCUCUAUGUUGGACUUGCAUGUUUGUGGUCUCCUGGAUUCUCUGCUGAGUUGUGUACACUGUAAUAGAUAGAAGUAAUUUAAGGGUUGAUUUCUGUUUUAACUCAUCAACUUAUUUAGUCUCCAUGUGUUUUGCUGACAGGUGAUUGUUGUGAAAUUCUAUUUUUUUAUGUUUUUUUGUCAGUGUUUGACAUUUUUCAUGUGCUUA